GCGCGCCCAGACCGCAGGGCUGCGCGCCGGAACGCGGCGCUGGGAAGCAGGAAGCGGCGGGCACCGGGCGGCGGGGAUGGCGGGGCCCGCCUGGGGUCCCCCGAGGCUGGAUGGCUUCAUCCUCACCGAGCGCCUGGGCAGCGGCACGUACGCUACGGUGUACAAAGCCUACGCCAAGAAGGACACCCGUGAGGUGGUAGCCAUAAAGUGUGUGGCCAAGAAGAGUCUGAACAAGGCAUCUGUGGAGAACCUCCUGACAGAGAUUGAGAUCCUCAAGGGCAUCCGACACCCCCACAUUGUACAUCUGAAAGACUUCCAGUGGGACAGCGACAACAUCUACCUCAUCAUGGAGUUCUGCGCAGGGGGUGACCUGUCUCGCUUCAUCCAUACCCGCAGAAUUCUGCCUGAGAAGGUGGCCCGUGUCUUCAUGCAGCAGUUGGCUAGUGCCCUGCAGUUCCUGCAUGAACGGAAUAUCUCUCACCUGGAUCUGAAGCCACAGAACAUUCUGCUGAGCUCCUUGGAGAAGCCCCAUCUUAAACUGGCAGACUUUGGCUUCGCACAGCACAUGUCUCCCUGGGACGAGAAGCACGUGCUCCGUGGCUCCCCACUCUACAUGGCCCCCGAGAUGGUGUGUCAGCGGCAGUACGAUGCCCGUGUGGACCUCUGGUCCGUGGGGGUCAUCCUGUACGAAGCCCUCUUCGGGCAGCCCCCCUUUGCCUCCAGGUCGUUCUCAGAGCUGGAGGAGAAGAUCCGGAGCAACCGGGUUAUUGAGCUCCCCCUGCGGCCCCCGCUCUCCCGAGACUGCCGGGACCUGCUCCAGCGGCUCCUGGAGCGUGACCCCAAUCGUCGCAUCUCCUUCCAGGACUUCUUUGCCCACCCCUGGGUGGACCUGGAGCACAUGCCCAGCAGGGAGAGCCUGGCUCGCGCGACCGCCCUUGUGGUGCAGGCUGUGAAGAAGGACCAGGAUGGGGAGGCUGUGGCCGCUUUAUCCCUCUACUGCCAAGCGUUGGACUUCUUCGUGCCUGCCCUGCACUAUGAAGUGGAUGCCCAGCGGAAGGAAGCAAUUAAGGCAAAGGUGAGGCAGUACGUGUCCCGGGCUGAGGAGCUCAAAGCCAUUGUCUCCUCCUCCAAUCAGGCCCUGCUGAAGCAGGGGACUUCUGCACGUGACUUGCUCAGAGAGAUGGCCCGGGACAAGCCUCGCCUCCUUGCUGCCCUGGAAGUGGCUUCGGCCGCCACGGCCAAGGAGGAAGAAGCCGGUGGGGAACAGGAUGCCCUGGACCUGUACCAGCAUGGCCUGGGGGAGUUGCUGGUGCUGCUGGCAGCGGAGCCCCCAGGCCGGAGGCGGGAGCUGCUUCACACUGAGGUUCAGAACCUCAUGGCUCGAGCUGAGUACCUGAAGGAGCAGGUCAAGAUGAGGGAGUCUCACUGGGCCGCUGAGACCCUGGACAAAGAAGGGCUGUCGGAGUCUGUUCGGAGCUCGUGCACCCUGCAGUGACCCUGGAGGGAUGAUUAGAUGGGCCACAGCCACCCCUAAUUGGGGACACACUCCCUUAGACUGAUGCCCAGAAUUCUCUGGCUCUCCGGAACACUAUGGAACAGACUUCCUGGAUGGGCAACUUUUAGACACCCCCCCCCACACACAUAUCCCAGGAUCCCCAGCCCCCCUCAAGAUCGUCUGCACUUCCAGGAGGUCUGGUGGCCCAUGUCAGUGUUGGCAGCACUGGGUCUUGGCCCCUGGGGGAAGGGGACCAGGACUCUGGGAGAAGAGAUUCCUUCGUGUGACUUUGGUUAUGUGGUGGUUGCGGGAUCCUGAUUCUGGCACUUUGGGGACAUGAGGCCUCUAGUUUUGCUCUGAGAACGGGGCAGGGGGCCUUCCGCAGGCACUUCUGUUCUUGCCUCUUCCCCUCUCAGCAGGCAGCUGUGCCCUGUGCCCACCCCUGCCUUCCUGGAAACCCUUAUUGCAACUUGCCUCCCUCCUUGCAUGGGACCGGGGCACUCCCAAGACCCUCAGGGACCACCCACCCCUCGGUGUGGACUCAGGCCCACAGAGUGCCCAGUUUUCCUGGGAGCUGACCCUCACCCACCCUCUGAGUAUUUUAAGAUAAUCCUUCAGACGUGAAAAUAAUGUAUUUUUCAGGGGUGGGGCCGAUUUAAGAAAGCCAUGCCUUGUUCCUGCUCUGGCCCAGGGGGCACAAGCGGAGUGGUCUGCAGCCUUCAUCCUUCACCCCUACUUGCCUCAGAGCUAGUCCUGGCUUGGAGUGGGGAGGCAUGGAGGCUGCCAGACCCCCUGAGAAAGAGCCAGCAAUCUAGGGACCUGGUUCUGGGUCUGAUGUUGCUGCUACCCCCCCGUGUGUGACCCUGGGCAAGUCCUUUCCCCUUUCUGGGCCCGAUCUCGCCAGCUCUCCAGUGGCGCUGUUAAUACCUCCUCAGCUCCCCGACAUGGGCUUUUAAGAGGACAAAGUGACUUUAAUCUAGAGAACAAUGUUCACCCAGUGGAGUUAUUUGGAGGUUCUUUUUUAAAAGUCCACAAGGGUGCUGAUGAUAUGUGCUCUUUGUGCUCUUUAGUGCCUCCUUGGGACGGGAGGUGUCUUCCUUGCAGGAGGCUAGGUAUAAAGAAUGUAAUUCAUGGUUUCUCUAUUAAAUUAUUUUCUGAA